AUGGGCGUGCGAGGUUUGUCCACACUGGUAAACGACAACAAGGAAGUCCUUCUUCAUGAUUUUGAACUUCAUGACACUCGACUCAUCAUUCAUGGCGUAAAUUUGUACCACUCCUUAUACAACUGCUAUCAUGUGCCAGAAGAGUAUGGUGGGAACUAUGACACUUAUGCCAACAACUGUAAAACCUUCUUUGCCAUCCUCAAUGCCUGUAAGGUGGAGCCGUAUGUUGUCCUGUGCGGCGGGCGUGAUCCAGAUAACCGAAAAUGGAACAGAGUGGUUCAACGUAAGGCGUCUAGAAGAGAGCGCGCUGGUCUGAUUUGUGAGAAGGGCCCUGAAGCAACCGAGGGACAUGUCCUUCCGAUUCUAUGUGAAGAAACAUUCCGCCAUGUCCUGCGUGAGCUUCAGAUACCACACGUCACGAUUCCAUAUGAGGAAGACAGAGAAAUAACAGUGUUGGCCAAUAAGUGGAAUUGCCCAGUUCUCAGUAACAAUAGCGAUUUCUUUAUUUAUCAGCUAAAUAACGGAUGUAUACCUUUCCGACAUGGUAGGACAUGUUUUAUCGACAUGAAAUUGCGGCUUCAUACCCAGACGGAGCAAUCUUCCUUGCUGCCACCAGAGGCUUUACCAACCGACAGAGAAUAUACAUACAUCUCUGUAAAGCGUUACCACUACAGUCGUUGA